AUGCAUGUCACUCAUUUUGCUGCGCAGGCAGCCGACACAGUUGGAGGUGCUUGUUCAGUAUCAGGCCCAAGUCCAGCCGGCGCAGCAGCAGCAGCAGCAGCAACAACAACAACAUCAACAACAACAUCAAGUUCAGGCGCAGGCCAGGCACCACAUGUACUUGCAAAUUCCACAGGCUCAUCGUCCUCCUCAUCGACAGGUGGCCGAACAGCGCGCAUCACCACAACCGUGAGGAUAUCCGGGCCCAGGGCUCCCAUUCGCAGGAGCAGCCGCAGUAGUGGCAAUACCACCACUGUCUUCAGCACAAAAAACCUGACCGCGGCCGUCAAAAUGGUCUCGGCCAAGACCGCCCCCUCGGAAUCCGGGCCAAAACCAACCGUUUCGUCUAAUGCCCCCUCAGCGUCCAGCACGCCUCCUCCCGGGACAUCCCACCAUAAAUCACACUCGCAGCACCGCAUCUCAAAACCAUCCGGCAGCAUUGGCAGCCGCAAGGCUUUUGCAAGAGUUGCCAGCAUGGAGCCGCCCGUGCAGUCCUUUUACGGCGCCGAGCCAAUUCCCUUGCCCAAUCGCUUCGCGAAUAUCAAGCGCAGGCUCAUCCAGGGCAAGGAGCAGGCUAUUGAGGCCUCCUGGCGCCGUCUCCUUGCCGCACUGCGCGACGAGAUCGCGCAUAUCCAGUCCCGCGGCACAGAUCUCAUCCCCACCAUUGACUUUGCUGAUAUCGACGAUGCCGCCACCGUCACGUCUUUCGAGCGCGACCUCAAACGGUACGGCGUGGCCGUAGUCAGGGGCGUUGUAAGUCAGACGCAAACCGAGACCUGGAUCAAGCAGACCAGGGACUACAUUACCCGCAAUAGAGACCACAUCAAGCCCACCAUCCCGCAGGAUCCCACCUGUUUUGACCUCUUCUGGACUCCCGCCCAGUGCGCCAUCCGCGCCCACCCGUCCGUCCUCCGCGUGCAGCAAUGGUCCAUGACCUUCUGGGAAACGAAAGGCAUCGAUGCCGACGUGUCACGUAUCGCAACCCGCUUCCCCAUCUCCUACGCCGAUCGUCUCCGGAUCCACGACGGCACCAUCAUGGGCUCCAACGCGACUCUCCCGCAAGUCAACGGAAACUCGGCCGCCGACAGCCUAACAGCCAGCGCUGCGUCUACCCUCAUCGCCCAGGUCGAUAACGGUAGCCUAGAGCGGUGGGAACCGGAUGGUUAUGGCCGGGGCGGUGCUUACGAGGCAGUCUUCCGCGGCGACUGGGAGUCUUUCGACCCCUGGGACCCCUCGGGCCGCAUCAAUAUCACCCAAGAUCUGUACAACGGCGCCGGCGUCUGUUCAAUCUUCCGCAUGUUUCAGGGCAUCCUCGCCCUCACCUCCGGCGAGCCGGCCAGCAUCCGCGUCCUGCCCUCCCCCAAGCUCGUCAUGGCCUACCUUCUACUGCGGCCGUUCUUCAGCUCCAAGACAAAACCGCCCGCGAGCGGCUACGACGAGGAAGGGUCCUCGCCCGAGGUCAUCGCUGAGUGGGAUGCUUUCCUGGACGCAGACAACUGGACACUGGACAGCGAGCAGAGCACAAUUAUCCACGGCGCUGUGCCGGGCCACGCCCAGCGCAUUACGGAGCUAUGGCAUCCGCAUCUCCGCCUCCGCCGAUCCCUCGUCGAGAUUCCCACCUUGCAAGCUGGCGACUACGUUAUUUGGCAUUGCGACCAGGCAUAUAGCAUUAUAACCACUGCGGCGUCGAAGCCAGGGACGCCCGGUCCAGAGACGCCAGCUCCUUCGAUACUGAUGUACACGCCCGCUUGUCCACUUACCCAGACCAAUGCGCUCUUCCUCGCAAGGCAGCGCAAGGCCUUCAUGCUGGGACAGCCGGGGCCAGACUUUGACACAGCGGGCGGCAGCUCAAUGGGCAGCGAGGCACCGCACGAAGGACGCCCGGGCAAGGAAGAAAUCGCCGCGGUCGGGGGCGACCGUGGGCUGAGGGCCAUGGGGCUGGCGCCUUGGGAGCUAUCCAGCGACGGGUCCAAGGUUAUGACGCGGCCCGGCACUCGGGCCGUCACCCCGGAGCCGGCUGAGGCCGCGCCGGGAGAGGCGGACAAGAUGGACGUCGACAACAGCGCCGGGGCCAUCGCUGCCAAGAAGCGCAGCACGGAGGGCGAGGCCGAGGUGGUCCGCCUGGCGAAUAUUAUUUUGUUCCCGGACCGGUACGACUUCUACAUACCGACCGAAAAGGCUGGGAAUGCCAAAGACCGCGUUAAUGGCAAGGCGCAGGCCGAGCAAAUGGCGGCCACGCGGCAACUGAUUUCAAGGAUACUAUCGUGA